GUGUGGUUAGUCGUCACCAGUCGUCACUGUUAGUUAUUGCAGCAUGAUGAAUGCACCGCAUUGAUUUUAAAUCGUGACACCGAUGUCACAAUUGCUAAUAAAUAAAUGAAGUCAUUCGAAUACGACUGACAUACAGUGGGGAUUGACUUUUCAUACAUAUGCAGUUGUACAUCGCACAUGUGUAUCUGUUAAAUAAAAUAUAAUAAAAAAGGAAUGGGAAUUGACAGUAUGAGGGUCGGAGGAGGCCGAUGUCCUUCCCUCCUUGUCGGAGGACUUCUCGUCGCUUGUUUAGUGCUCAUUUGCAACUGGUGGACUGCAACUUCUGAAAAUAUUGAUUUAGUUAGACAGAUCGACAAAUUGAAUGAAGAACUUAAAAUUAGUGCCGAAGAAAGGGAUCAAUGUGUUACUUUACGUGGAAAUUUAGAACAAAGAUACAAACAUGCAGAAGAUAAAGUGGCAUCACUACAUGUAAGCUUGCAGCAACAAACAGACUUAAAGAAAAAAAAUCUUGAAUUAGAAGAUUCUAUUAACAUAUGCAAAAGUGAAUUGGAUUCUUUAAACAAGUUAGAUGCUACUAAAACUGUAACAUUGAAAUCAUUAAGACUUGAAAAACAUACCUUUGAUACACAAUUAGAUGUACAACGGGAUGAAAAUAAAAAGUUGCAGGAAGAAAUAGAGCAGCUAAAAGAUGAUCUUGAUAAAAUUAAACAUACAUGCAAUCAAACUCCAAACGAAACUUCAUUUGUUUCACAAUCUACAAGAGAAGUAAUUAAGAAGGUUCAGUUGGAUCAUGUUCCGGAAUCAGCUGUAAGAAUAUCCUUAGCUGGUCAACGUGGUUUGAAAUACCAUGGAAUUCCAAUUCUUCCAAAAGAUCCACCUGGCGCUGUGCGCCUAAGUCCUCGCUUCUCUGUUACAAUGCUGAAAGCUCAAAUAAAACCAAAACACCAAAAGAAUGAUUCAAAUGGAGACAUAGAGGACAAUCCAGGGUCUGAAAAUAGUAAACCAGGAAAUACAGGAACUACGGAUGGCAGUGUAGUAGGAAGUGGGAGAGAUCAACAUACAAAUGAAGGAACCAUUAAAGACUGA